AUACUCGGGAUUAUAAAAGCCACAAGGACUAUGAAGCCCAUUUUAGGACCUUCUCAACUGGCAGCUGAAAGUCCCAAAACUACAGGAAAUGAUGACCUGGGUCCUCCUUGGUGUACUGUUGACCGUGAGUGGGUGUACAGCCUCUGUCUCCAUCUCAUGUCGAAAUGAGCAGGGAGAGGAUGUCGACUGGUACAUUUUGUACAAGCAACCAUCCAUUGAUGGUGAGAAUGGACUGAAGUAUCUGUACAUGGAUGAGAGCACUCAGGGAUGGGUGGAAGGCCAGUACACUAUCAAUGAUGAAAAGAGCGCUGUGGGUCAAACCCUAAAGCCUCUAUUCGCUUACCAUGGCACAGAGAGUGAUAGUUUUGGAUACAUUCUGUACAACGACCAGCCGCCAGUGCCUUACAGGACAGCCUCUUCCUCCUAUGGUCAUAGCAAAGGUGUUGUUCUUUUGGACAAAAAUACCGGCAUUUGGUUGUCACACAGCACACCAGAUUUCCCUGGGGUUGACAUAAAGGCUUUCUGGCCAGACAGUGGCCACUAUAAUGGCCAAACCUUUAUCUGUGGGACCUACAAGUAUAGUGCUUUCAAAGACAUUGCCAUCCAACUCCAGUACAUUCACGUUUAUUCCUUUGACUCCCACAUCCCCUCCUCAUUUGACCCGGAGCUACAGUGUGUGGCCCAUAAGAAGUGUUAUCCUAAGGAGGCCCCAUGGUAUCGGCAACUCACCAUGACCACACUGGCAGGAAAGACCUUUGUCAGCUAUGCCAAAUACUCCAAACUCCAUGAUGAUCUGUACUCUGGAGUGCUGGAUAAGUACUUGGGAGGGGCCUUCUACGCCAAGAGCUGGGGCAGGUUGCGCCAUCCCCUGCCGUCCAACUGCUCCGUGAAGUACGACGUCUACAACGUGGCGACCAUGCAGCUGCCCACCACCGAGCCCUUCAGCGUCACCGUGGACCACUCCAAGUGGACCGUCAUGGUGGACAUGACCGAGAAGCCGUGGACCUGCAUCGCAGACAUGAACCGAGAGGUCAGCCAGGAGUACAGGGGAGGCGGGGCCGUGUGUACCGAUAACACCGACGUCUGGCAAGCCUUCUGGGGUGUCGUUUCCACCUAUGAGCUAUGUAACUAACGCCUUAAUAUAGGCUACAGAUUCUCAGUCAACAUAUAGUGGGCAAGGCCCUGCCGUGGUCUAUAACGGUAGGGUACUAGAUUACUACCCCGGUGACCCGGGUUUGAUUCUGGCCUGUGUCUUUUGCCGAACCUUCCCCUUCUCUCUCCCUGCUCUUUUCCUGUCCCUCUGUAACUGUCCUGUCACAAUAAAGGCGUAAAAAAAGCCCCCCCAAAAUCUUUUAAAAAAACAUAGUGAGCAAUAGGUGUGUGCAACUCCACAUAAGAUUAAUAAAAAAAUAAAUAUUUUUA